AUGAAUUGCUUGGGUGAACACGAUCGUGUUUCGAAGUUGCUAUCGACAACAGUAGACCGCAAUAGUGGCAGCGUUGGCAGGAAUGAGGUGCUUGAACGUAUUGAAUUGAGUUGUUUGCUAUUCUUGGAGUCGUUGGUCAAAGCACGUACCAGAAGGGAUCAUGUCGCAUUCAAACUGCCUCAGUUGGUUUCAUUUGAAAACUUCUGA